AAACUUGUCCCUUUCCUUCCUUCUCAUGGCGUACUCCUCUCUGCUCUCCCUCGCCCCGAAACCCUACGCCGCUCCCCAAACCCCACGCAACGGCGGCCCACGCCGGCUCUCUUCCGUCGGCGCUACCGCCGUCUCCCUCCCUUCUCGAUCUCCGGGUCUCAGUCGUGGACGUCUUUCCCUUGGGAGGAGCACCCUGCCUACAACGCUUAGAGUUUCCGUUGUCGGGAAUGGCGCUGCAGUUUCAGUGAGUUCAAAGGAUGAAAGGCCUAUCGUUGUAAUCGACAAUUAUGACAGCUUUACCUAUAAUCUCUGCCAGGUAGUUUUAGUUGGAAAGACGCCGUAUAAUAAGUUCGGGUACUCGCAUACUUUUUGCCAUUGCUUUCAGCGAUGUUGGUUAUUUGAAUGGUUAUGAUUAUUGGUAUCUUGUAGAUACUUGAUAUCAUUUCUGAAAUUUGCAUUGAAUUUGUUUCUUAAUUGUCAGUAAACAGAUGAUAUGAAAUUCAAAGCUCGAAAUUUUUAGAUCUCUGCUAUUUACUUGUUGGACUCCGAUGUAUAUGCAUGACAUAGUACUGCUGUAAUGAAAUUAUCGGAGAUUGUCAUUAAGGGGCAUUUUUUUAGUAUCAUAGAUAAUAUAUGAUUUUUUCCACCAAAAUGAUCUCUUGUAUUUAGGAUUAUGUUGUUUGAUACUUUGCUCGCCGAUCCCACCUAGUGGGAUAAGGCUUGGUUGUUGUUGUUGUUAUUGUUGUUUGAUACUUUGAUGUUAACCCAUAGCAUCUGUGUUACCUUGGAAAUAUGAUCCUGCAGUUUUGUUUACUAUAAAAUAAACUUUCUAUAUUCUGAUUGUU